GUAAAUGGGUAAGUCUGAAAAGACCAACCCUUAUCUUGCACACUUGUUGGAAGAUAAUCAUAUCGAGUCUUCUUCUUUAAACAAGUAUACAGGAAAACCAUAUUCUGAAAAGUAUUAUGAGUUAUUGAAAGUCAGAAAAGCGUUGCCUAUAUAUGAUAAAAGAGAAGAGUUUCUUCAACUUGUGAAGGAGAGCAAAGUGGUUGUCUUGGUAGGAGAUACGGGUUCGGGAAAGACUACACAAGUACCUCAAUUUUUUCUUGAAGAAGGCCAUUUGGAGAAGAACAAAAUGAUAGUAUGCACACAACCACGGAGAGUAGCAGCUAUGUCAGUCUCUCAACGAGUUGCUGACGAACUGGAUGUCCCUCUUGGAGAGGCUGUUGGUUAUACUAUCCGUUUUGAAGAUGUCACUUCUCCCAAAACCAUUUUGAAAUACGCCACAGACGGAAUGUUGUUGAGAGAGGCUAUGUCUGAUCCUCAAUUGAGCAGAUAUUCCUUGAUCAUAUUGGAUGAGGCACAUGAGCGUACUUUGGCUACCGAUAUUUUAAUGGGAAUUCUGAAGACCGUAGUUAGACAGAGAGAAGACCUAAAGUUGGUAAUUAUGAGUGCAACUCUUGACGCUGGGAAGUUUCAAGAUUAUUUUUCGAGAGACCCAGAACACCCACUUACAGUUCCUCUUAUCAAUGUUCCUGGAAGAGUAUAUCCCGUAGAAGUGUAUUAUACACCGGAACCAGAAAAAGACUAUUUGGAAGCUGCUAUUCGUACAGUUAUUCAAAUACAUGCCAAUGAACCGUUGGGAGACAUUUUACUAUUUCUUACAGGAGAAGAGGAAAUUGAAGAGACUUGCAAAAGAUUGAACCAUGAUAUUCCUUUACUAGUUAAGGAUUCAAAGCCUUUUAGAAUUCUUCCACUUUAUUCUUCUUUACCUCCCAAUGCUCAACAAAGAGUUUUUGAACCACCUCCUUCCAAUGGACGAAAGAUUAUCGUGGCAACCAACAUUGCAGAGACUUCACUUACUAUAGAUGGUGUUGUAUACGUUAUUGAUCCAGGUUUUUCUAAACAAAAGAUAUACGAUCCCAGAGUUCGUGUAGAGUCUUUGUUGGUUUCGCCGAUUUCAAAGGCAUCGGCAAAACAAAGAGCUGGAAGAGCAGGUCGUACACGACCGGGAAAAUGUUUUCGUCUAUUUACGGAACAGACUUUUAAGAAAGACCUUAUUGAAACAACUUAUCCAGAAAUUCUCCGCUCCAACUUGGCUAAUGUUGUCUUGACUUUGAAAAAACUUGGUGUGGACGACCUCGUUCACUUUGACUUUAUGGAUCCACCUGCACCAGAAACACUUAUGCGUGCUUUAGAAUUGUUGAACUAUCUUGGUGCUUUAGAUGAUGAAGGUGAAUUGACACAACUUGGUAAACUAAUGGCAGAGUUUCCGUUAGAUCCUCAACUAUCGAAAAUGCUCAUUGUCUCUCCACAAUUUCAAUGUUCUAAUGAAAUAUUGAGUAUUGUAGCGAUGCUUUCAGUACCCAACUGUUUUUUGAGACCUCGAGAUGCCCAAAAGAAAGCAGAUGCUGCAAAGGCGAGAUUUACACAUUCCGAAGGAGAUCAUCUCACUUUAUUGAAUGUUUAUUAUGCAUAUAAGCACAAUGAAGAAGACCCCAAUUGGUGCUAUCAGAACUAUCUCAACUAUCGUUCCUUAAAAUCAGCAGACAACGUUCGCAGUCAGUUGGAAGCAAUGAUGAACAAAUUGAGUUUGCCUUUGGUUUCAACCGAUUUUCAGUCUGCAGAGUUUUAUGUGAAUAUUAGAAAGGCUUUGGUGAAUGGCUUUUUUAUGCAAGUUGCGCAUUUGGAGUCCAACGGCUAUUAUUUAACUGUCAAGGACAAUCAGGUUGUUAGUUUACAUCCGUCACAUGGUCUUGACCAUAAACCUACGUGGGUUGUAUACAAUGAGUUUGUUUUGACUAGUAGAAAGUAUAUUCGAACGGUGACGGAAAUCAAAGGAGAAUGGUUAUUAGAGUAUGCUUCUCAUUAUUAUGAGCUUGCCAAUUUUCCAGUUGGAGAAGCAAAGCGAGAUUUGGAGAAACUGACUAUAAAAAAUAAAAAGCCACGCAAACAGAAAUAAAAAGCGGACACCUUUUGAAGUGCAAAGUUCGGUAUGGAAAAGAAGUCGACACUAAACUGUGUCUACCUUGUGUUCUCACAAUUUCAUUUUCUGGCCCUUUAUACAUACAACUAACUAUGUUGUUUUCCAACUGACAAUUGCUUUCCUACUGAAACUCAGAGGUCUUUCCCAUUCUGGAUAUCCAACCGGCUCCUACGAGUAUAUGUCAAAAAAAGAAAUUCGGACUGGUCAAAAGCUUAUAUGAGACCCAUCAGUUGAAGUUGAGCGAUAAAUCCAUUUAUCAUUAUAGCAAAAAAUAUUCUUCCAGUCAUAUCCACUACUCAGUAAUAACCUUUCGAUCUGUAUAUAUAUAUAUAUAUAUAUAAUUCCCCUCAACUCUCUCCUCUUCCCACUCCUCUCUUCUGCUUCUUCACAUUUCCUCUUCGGCCGCCAAUCGCAAUCAUCAGUUGUU